AACAGAUAAUACGAGAACGUACGUACCGCGUACGGGAUAUUUUGUUUAAGUCUACUACUGAAAUAUUGACAUGUGUUUCAUUUGUAAUUUGUGAGCCGUAAACUAAAAAAAUAAUUAAAGCCUAAAUCUAGCAAACAACAGUGAAAAUCUUAAGAUAACGACACCAUGGCUACUUACGACAACAAAGCUUGGCUACUAAAAAAUAUAAGAGAUGCGUUUAUUGCUACAGACGACACCGGUUUAUGUGAAAUUGUGAUGGCAGGGGAAGAUUUUUCAAAAAUAUUUCAGACUAAAGCCAUGGAAGAAAAAAAGCGCAUCAAGGAAAGAGCUAUUAGUAAGCCAAGUACAAGCAGAGGUAAAGAAAGUUUUAUGGAAGAGGACGAAGAACGAGAAAUUGCGACUCAGUUUGAUCCCUAUCCAGACAUGGAAGAUAGUGAUGAGGAUGCUUUAUACGGAAGUUGGUUUCGUCACGAGGAAUUUGCAGGACACAGGCAAAGGUCAAACACAGCACAGUGGUUGGACAAAAAAGAAUUAGCUUUAAAAAAGGCAGCAAAAAUAAAAGUUAUAAAAUGGGAAGGCCCAUACCCACAACUAACAGAUGAACAAAUUGCAGAAGCUUUUGAGAAAGUGGAAAUCAAAAAGCCAGAAAAGAAAAGGUCCCUAUUAACAGAGCAAUUAGAAAAAUGUCCAGAUUUUCCCCAUCGCCAGUAUCUGGAGUAUGCAAAGUUUGAUGGCACAGCACAGCUAGGACUACCCACUAAAGCCUUUAAGAUUUUUAUGACAAUGUUGCCAGAGAAACAUCAGAAUUACCCCGUUAUUGUUUGUGUUAUUGCCAGUGCUAAGAUCAAAGACUUAAUUGGUUUCACGUGCUAUAAGUACAGCAUAGAACAUCCAGAAGUCACACUAGGAUCUGUGCAUGAUUACGGCCUUUGCAUAGCAGAAGACGAUGGGGAAGUCGACUGGGCAUUCCCAUGUCUGGAUAACAAUGAACCAUGCUCAAAGUUUGGCUUCACUUGCCUCGGCCUCAUUGAUGUUAAGACUAAAAUUAAAGUAGACACACAUCCCAUACCAGAUAUUGAAAUGGGACAUGCCUUUAGCUAUUUUCCAAAAGCAGCUGUGUCUGGCCAGAGUAAUGUGAACUCUUCCAGACAACACACGGAGGGUAGCGAUACUUCAGAAAUUAAUAAGGUCAUUGAUUCUGUAAUGGAAGGUAACAAAGGCUUUGGCUUGCAGUCCGGAACUCCAAUAACGGAUGCACCUCAGGAUAAGCUAUACAGGGUACAACUUUUACACAAAAUGAGAACCAGCACACCAGUUCAAUUGGGUAUUACAUUGGAUCAAAUUGAAGUGGUCCCAUUGGUUACACAAAAGCAUGCAUUUUGGUCUCGACCUAAAUACUUCUUACACAGUAUGAACUCGGUAGCAUGGUGUCAGAUUUUAGAAGCUAAAAGCAACAAGACUGCAUUUCGUAUUUUAUACUCGCCUAGUCAUGAUACUGCUUUCAAUGAUCGCUAUAGUGCAGGCAACACCAGUGCAUUUCAACCUACAACAGUCUACAAGAAGCACGACUUCGAAUGCGAUCAUGACACCGCAAAGAAAAUCGUAGACAAAGUGAACACAAUAUUAGACUUAAGGAACAGCCCUUGCCGACGCGAAUACAAAAACGCCAAAGAGAAGAAACUCCAAACCCGACGGAGUUUCUACACGAAGCAACUGAGUUGAGUCCAAUCCCCUUUAUAUGUACAUAGACCGAAAGUUCCUUUACACUCAGAUUCUAUGUCGACUGAAUUAUUUAAAGUUUGCUGGUUAAAGUACACUCAUGUUGUUAAUUGGAUAGUAGGUCUUGAAGGUACAGCUUAGAAUUAUAAUGUGUGUACACCAAUAAGGGUUUAUUGAAGAACUUUUACAUGGAGAUGCCCGGAAAUUAGGACUUACUGGCUUACACACAUUGUAAAUGGGAUUUUGAUGAGUUUACUAUUGUUUCUCAUUCAAAGUUAUGACUAGUCAUAAGGUACUUUGAGUAUUAUAAAUUAUAAUUUUUUUGUUCGCAUAACUAUGAACAACCGUAGAUAUAUGAAUAUCAUGUUAUACAGCUGCCAGAUGGAAAUAGUACUGCCAUAUGUGUUUGUGUGUUGAAAUACCCGUCCCUUGCAAAACUUUUUUAUUUUUAAAGUAAGGUACAAGUGAAUGCGAAUUAAUGAGUACUUAGACUGAGAUUGAUAGUACUACAUUUGAAUUAUAUUUUUAUGUUCCUAUGUCGUUUAUUGUUUUAAAACGGAAAAGCAUUUGCUUUUUGUACUACAAGUAUAAAUAAAAUGAUGCCGCACAUAAUAAUUUGUGUAAAUAUAAAUGGUCCAUGUCGGUGCCUCGAUUAUUUGAAACAAUUUACAAACAUUAUGCCACAAGUCUUAAGAUUUGAUAUCGAAAUAAUUAGUAAAACUUACUGGUUUUAUGCAGAAGUUAAUGUGUGAUUUUUUUUAUUUUAUACUUUAAUAUUUUAUUUGUUGUUUUUAUGAAGUAAAAAUAUGAAUAACCAUCUUGGAGAUAAAAUGUUACCAUUUUGGUAACAAUAACAGGAAAAUUCACAUGAAAUUCUGAUGAUGUUCUUUUCAUUUUAAAAUUGUGUGUUAAUAUUUACAAUGAAAUUUUAUUAAUAAAUUUAUUUUAUAACACAGAGUAAUUAUGUAAUCACACAUUAAAAAAAAGCAAUUCUGUCAAUGUAAAUAUGAAUGCAAGGGUAAAUGUUGUUUUAAAAUGAAUGCAUUUUUAUAGUUUUGUAUUAAUGAUAAUAGUAAAUGCACAUUGUCUAACAUUAUUAACAAUAUUUUGUUUAUACUGGUGCAAAUCCAGACAGUGAAGAACAGAAAAAAUGUAAAUGUGAUAAUGAAAAAUGAUAAAAAGAAUAUUAAAAUGAAUGAUAUACACAUAAUAUAUUCCAUUUCUUAAACUCAAUUUAAGCAAUGUGCAUUUGAACUAUAAUUGAUGAGGUGUAUAUGUAUUAAUGUAAAGGAUUUCUUCUUUAAGUUUAAUAUUUUUAAGUUGUUGUAACUUAUUUUAACUAUUAGUGAUUUUAUGAACAAAGUUCAUACUUCUAUGCAUUUUUUAAAUGUUCAAAUGCCGAAUUAAUUAUGUCGAUAACAUCAUGAGCCGUUUAAACAUAGUUGAUCGUAAAUAACUGGCAUAAACAAAAUACGUACCUACUCUUUAUUGAUAACCAAUUACUCUAAAAUAAUCUCAGUUGCUCUUACAAACAAACUAUGUACAUGAAUGAAAUAUUUUACAUACUACACAUUUCUAUCUGUUUCUAUGAAAUGUUAUUUUGUCAUUUUAUGAAUAAUAAUGAUUAUGAUUAUUGUUUUUGUAAAUGAAUGAAAUUGCGAGUAUCUCAAUAAAUUGUUAUCAAUUAAAUGAAAACUAUUG